CAGAUACAAAUUUUCACUUACAAUGAUAAAUUAAUAAUAGCGACAGUACAAAAUAACAUAAAACUAGCGCUAUACUAUGCUGUUCCACGUCUUUUAUUGUAAUCUUAAUUCUCAUUAUCAUUCAAGGGCUAAAAGGAGUUUUAAUGUGAAAUGAAGGACCGGAUGUGUAGUUUUAACCCUGUGUGUAUUGACGGUAUUGUGGGUGGAGGGUGAGUGAGACAGACAGGCGGGCAGGCGCAUCAAUGACAGGGACAGCAACGCAGAAACACUCACCGCUCGGCCUGUUUCAUGUUUGUGGCUCCAGGCAGCGGACAGCCGGCUGUUUGUGAUCCGAGCUGAAGGAUGCGGCAGCAGGUGUGGGCCUCCUGGUUCCCCCGCUGCCUGGUGCUCAUCAUCAGCGCUCACACAUCCUCUGUGUCCGCCACCCUGCGGCUGUGCGAUGAGACAGAUUACUACUACCAGUACACAGAGUGUGACAGCACGGGGUCACGAUGGAGGGUCGCCAUCCCUCUCAGUCCAGGCUCCUGCUCAGACCUGCCACCUCCGACCCGAGGAACAGACUGCUCUUUCUCCUGUCCGGCUGGGAAGUAUCUAGAGAUGACCUCUCAGCAGUGCACGCCGUGUGCGUCCGGCUCCUAUUCGCUGGGCAGCGGCCUCCGUUUUGACCAAUGGGACGCCAUCCCUGCAGGCUUCACCAGCUUGGCCAGCUUCCUGGAUCCCGGGCCAAAUGGAGAGGACAUCCAGGCCUGUAACAGCUCAUCGUGGACGCCACAGGGUGUGUAUCUGGAGUCAAACCGCGACGAGUGCACAGUGUCUCUGGUUUACGCCGUCCAUCUGGAGAAACAGGGCUCCGUCUCCUUCACCUACCAGUACCCCGACAACAACAUCUUCUUUGAGUUCUAUGUCCAGAACGAGCAGUGUCAGGAAAUGGCUCAGACCGACGACCAGAAGUGGAUUAAAGUCACGAACAAUGGAGAAUGGGACACGCACACAGUGAAUCUAAAGUCCGGUACGAACAUCCUGUACUGGAGAACCACCGGCAUCCUGGUGGGAGGGAAGAUGGUCAAACCAGUGCUGCUCAAAAACAUCCAAAUAGAGGGUGUCGCCUACACAUCGGAGUGUUUCCCGUGCCGGCCCGGCUGGUUCAGCUCGGCCCCCGGCUCCUCGUCCUGUCAGCCCUGUCCCAGCAACACCUUCUCCAUAAAGGGGGCGUCCUCCUGCACACAGUGUCCUGAACACCAUUACUCACAUGAGGGAUGGGCUGAGUGUAAGGUGCGGCCGCCGUGCUCAGAGAAGGAUUACUUCCAGAUCCACACGGCCUGCGACAGCGAGGGGAAGACGCAGGUGUUGUAUCGUUGGGUGGAGCCAAAGAUCUGUGUGGAGAACAUCACGGGCGCCGUGGAGCUGCCGGCGACGGGCCAGAGAGAGCCCUGCCCUCCCUGCAACCCCGGAUACUACAACAGCAACGACUCCACCUGUCUGCCCUGCCCACCUGGCACCCACUCAGACGGCACCUACGUGUGCACCAAGUGCCCUGCAGGUACAGAGCCAGUGUUGGGUUACGAGUAUAAAUGGUGGAACGUGCUUCCCUCCAACAUGAAGACUUCCUGUUUCAACGUGGGCAACUCCAAAUGUGACGACAUGAACGGAUGGGAGGUCGCAGGCGAUCACAUUCGCAGCGGAGCGGGCAGUUCAGAUAAUGACUACCUCAUCCUCAGCCUGCAUGUGCCUGGAUUCAAGGUCCCAGCCUCGCUUUCAGGGAUGACCGGCAACGAGUUUGGCUGGAUCACUUUCGUGUUUGAGACCAUCUGCUCUGGCGACUGUGAGCUCUACUUCAUGAUGGACGUGAACAGGAAGAGCACCACAGUGGUGGAGUCCUGGGAGGGCAGUAAGGGCAAACAGUCGUACUCGCACAGCAUGACCAGGAACGCCUCCGUCACGUUCACAUGGGCCUUCCAGAGGACGAACCACGCUCUGGACGUGCGUCGUUAUGUCAGUGACACGGUGAAGCUGUACUCCAUCAGCGUGACAAACGUCCUGGACGGGGUGGCGUCAUCAUGUCGGGCCUGCGCUCUGGUUCCCCAGAACUCCCAGCAGGCCGGCUCCUCCUGCGUCCCCUGUCCUGCUGGUUUUUACAUCGACAGAGACACCAACAGGUGCCAGGAGUGCCCGCCCAACACUCACCUGGCAGGACGCCACACCUACGGCCAGGACGCGUGUGUGGCCUGCGGGCCUGGAAGCAUCAGCAACAAGGAACACUCUCGUUGCUAUAGCGACUGCUCCUUUUCCCACACGGAGAACAACCGUACGCUGACCUUUGACCUCAGCCCCAUGAGCGACGUGGCCUCGCUGACCAUCGGCCCGAGUUUUACCUCUAAGGGCACAAAGUACCUUCACCUGUUCAACGUCAGCCUGUGUGGCCACGAGGGAAAGAGAGCCGCCACCUGCACAGAUAACGUCACCGACGUGUCCAACAAGGACGAGCAGAGCGACUCGGCUCAGUUCGUCAACUCGGUGGACAGCUUCAUCUGUCAAUCAACCAUCAUCCCAGCAGAUGGGCGGGGCUUCAGGAUGGCCAUUUCCUCGCAGUCCAUCAGCCUGGCAGACGCUUUCAUCGGAGCGACAGUAGACUCUGUUCUUAAUGGCGUGAACGCUAAACCGGAUCUUUUUCCUGAAAACUCAAAAGACGUUCCAGAUAUCAACUUCUUCUACAGGUCAGCGCAGGCGACGGCUUCUUGUGAUCAGGGUCGCAGUUCAGUCAUCACUGUUCGCUGUAACCCCGAGAAAUCUGAGCGAGGAGAGCUCUCUGUGCCCAGCUCUUGUCCCGCAGGAACAUGUGAUGGAUGUACGUUUAACUUCCUGUGGGAGAGCUCGAGCGCCUGUCCGCGCUGCACCGAAGACGACUACCACCAGAUAGAGGGAGCGUGCAGAGGAGGCGUCCAGGAAACUCUGUACGUGUGGAACGAGCCGAAGCUGUGCACCAAAGGUGUCCCGCUGCCUCCCAGGAGCUCGUCUCCGUGUGAGGCCAUCGCUCUGUGGCUGAAGGUCGGGGUUGGUGGCGGAGCCUUCGUGGCCGUGCUGCUCAUCUCUCUCACCUGCUAUUUCUGGAAGAAAAACAAGAGGCUGGAGUACAAGUACUCUCGUCUGGUGAUGUCUGCCAACAAGGAGUGUGAGCUGCCAGCUGCGGACAGCUGCGCUCUGGCUGAAGGCGAGGAACCCGAGGACGACGUGGUCUACACCCAGAAACCCUCCCUGCUCAAGAAACUCCGGGCCAUCGCUAACAAGCACGAGGGUGGAGAGAGCUGCGAGUCUGUGCAGCUGAACUCCUCUCAGAGUGAUCGGUGGGUCCUGGGAUAAACAGACGCCAGCAGACACAGAGGACAGUCAAACCACGGAGGGACAGUCAGUGACAGUGUCCAUCACUGCCGUCCUCCUUAUGUGUCCUUUGCCCGCCCUUCAUUGUGUGGAGGGGGGCACCAACACAGACCUCACUGGGAAAAUUUUUGUCACUCGGACGUUGGCAGAAACUGUACAGAGGCUUUUACUCUUAGAAAACACAGGAAACGCUCCUGCUUUAAUGCCAUGGAUGCUACAGGGCGGCAACUGAACGAUGCUUUUAAUGUUUUUUGUAUGUUUUGUAUUUUUAUUUGGUAUUUUCUGUUCAGAGUCAUGUAUUUAUAUUAAUGUUAUAAUGAUGAACCUUUAUUAAAGUCCUAUUUGACUUUGGGA